AAUAUUUUUUCUAUAAUUUUCUAUACAGCUAGUUUUAAAGUAGACAAAAUCUAAUUAGAAACCAAAAUUUCAAUGUUAUUUACUGUUUUUUUGGUGUUUUAACCAUUAGUGACUUGAGUAUAAUGAUAAAGAACAUAGAUAAACCUAAAAUUAAUAUGAAAUUAACUAUCAGACGUUUCCAAUACGAAUUCCUUGAACGAAAGGUUGAUAAAUUGUAUCUACCAUAAGCUAACAAGUUGAUUUUAAUUUUUGGUAUUGUUUGUAUUGUUUUUAAUAUUAUUAUUAUACAGAACACGUAGUUCUAAACAUGGUUCAGCCUAACUUUUACGAACACACUGCCAACAUCAAAUUGAAAAUCGUUUUCGAAGAUAAACUAUUCUUCGCGUAUCUCAGUCUACCUAUAACCUUAGAAAUAUUGUAUCAAGAAAUAAAGUGUCUUUGUAAACUUUCUACGGGUCAAACUUUUACUAUAAAAUGGAUAGAUUCCGAAAGUGAUCCGUGCACUAUAUCGUCCCAAACGGAACUUGACGAAGCCAUUCGCUUAAACCAAAUCAAAGAAUCAAUAGUUUUAUAUGUGUUUAACGGUGUACCGGCCCCCGGACAAUUCUGUGUAGGAGAAAAUAAAUUUAUUUAUAAAAGAGGAGCAAAAAGGUGGCGAAAACAUUAUAAAAUCAGCGGGCACUUAUUCGAACCUAGAAGGUUUAAAAUUAGGUCGUAUUGUGCUUAUUGUUUGGGACGAGUAUGGGGACUAGGAAAACAAGAUUUAAAAUGUACACUGUGUAAUAUUUUAGUGCAUGGUAAAUGUUAUAAAAACAUCGGAGUAUCUUGUUCUAUGGAAGCAAAACAUUUUUAUGAAAAACAAAAGCGUUUCUCUUUAUCCGAUUUCGAUUUAUUGAAAGUGAUCGGAAGAGGAUCGUACGCGAAAGUUUUGUUGGUGGAAUUACGGCGGACGAAACGUUUAUACGCGAUGAAAGUGAUACGAAAAGAUGGAAUCACCGAUGACGAUCUGGAAUGGAUAAGGACUGAAAAGCGCGUUUUCAAAUUAGUCUCGAAUCGUCCUUUUUUCAUUGGUCUUCAGUCGUCUUUUCAAACGUUAACGAGAUUAUUUUUUGUCAUGGAAUUCGCUAGGGGCGGGGAUUUGAUGAAUCACAUGCAAAAACAGAAAAAACUUCCGGAGAAUCACGGGAGAUUUUACGCGGCAGAAAUUUCUCUAGCGUUAAAUUUCUUACACAACCAUGGUAUCAUUUAUAGAGAUUUGAAAUUAGAUAACGUUCUUCUGGAUCACGAAGGUCACGUCAAAUUGACAGAUUACGGAAUGUGUAAAGAAGGAGUAGAUUCCGUUAUGGGUACUACCACUUUUUGCGGCACUCCUAAUUAUAUAGCACCAGAAGUACUAGAAGGGAAAAACUACGGGUUUACAGUCGAUUGGUGGGCUCUAGGUGUGUUGAUAUAUGAGAUGCUGGUAGGUAGGUCGCCUUUCCUCUCUGAAAACUUUGAAGAUUAUUCAGAAGAUUGUCUAUUUCAAAUCAUUCUACAGAAACCUAUAAGGAUACCAAGAAAUUUGAGUACUAAAGCAUCCAACGUAUUGAGAGGAUUUUUGAAUAAGGAUCCUUUGCAUCGGUUGGGUUGCAGAAAACCUGAAGGAUUCAAUGAGGUCUUAAGACACCCGUUUUUUCAAUCGAUACAAUGGAAUAAGCUUGAAGCUAAACAAAUCAAGCCACCAUACAUACCGGAUUUGAAAGGUAAAAGAGACUUGUCCAAUUUUCCUGCUGAAUUUUUGAACGAAACCGUUUUCUUUUCAUUGCAAGAUUCGGAAUUGAUAAACACAUUGGACCAAUCAAUUUUUCGGGGUUUUGAUUACGUCAAUCCGUUCUUAAUGUCGGAAGAUAUAACUGUGUUAUAAUGUGACGAAUAAAAAAAGCAAUAGGGUAUUUGACAUGCAAAGUUAUUAUAAUAAUUUUAUAUAUAUUCUUAUCACAUAUAAAACCAAGUUUGUGAAUUUACGCUUUAAGAUUCACGUUAAAACCAUCCAUAUGGCGGUGCAAUGACGUCAGUACAUAGUAAGCUUGCGAAUAGUUAAGGCGUUUUUUAAUUUUUAUUUGUUUUUGUGUUAUAAAACGUCUUAAAAAUAUUUACAAGUAGUGUAUAUUAUUAUUACAACUUUUUCGAAGGGAUCCAGAGACUUUAUCGACUACAAUUUUGUUUCUCAAAUGGAUGAAUCAAUUAUUUUCGCUCAGAUAAUGACUGUAACCUCAUCCGAUAAUUUAAUUUGUUCAAUGGAACGUUGACAAAUAAGAUAAAAACGAACCGAGAAAUAACUAACGAAAUUAGCGGAGAUAUUGUGAAAAAAAAAUCAAAGUCAGCGAGUCAAAAGUUAACAGCAUACAAUAUCUUGCAAUAAAACCCCAGUGGUAGAAUAAUAGGCCCAGGACAAAAUGAUUAAAAGAGGAGGAAUAUGUCUUAAGUAGGGUAGGAGUAGGUCCACCCCAACAAGAAGAUCUAGAGAUUAUUUUUGCGACGUUACCCCUCGAGGGGUGUUGAGCCAUCAUAAUUAUUAUUAAUAAAACAUCGGUUCCGGUUACAUAAAUACUGAAAAAUAUCACAAAAAUGUAUACAACUAUCCGAAUAAUCAUCGUUGAAAUCUUGAUGUAACUGAAUUUUGUAUUAAUGGUACUUUUCGUGUAUUAGAUCAUGUAAUAACGAGAUAAUUUGACAUGUAGUAUUACAAAAAUUUAUCUUCAACACUUAAUACAACUCAAAAUUUCACUCUGAUACCUUACAACGUUUAGAAAUUUGAAUGUUUCUAACAAGACUAGUUUCUCUACAAUUUUUUCAUUUUUGCCGACUAUUUAUCGGCUAAUAGGGCUAAAUAGGUAGUUUGUGUUAAAAAAACUUAUGCCGAGGCCUCGUUUUAUAUCCACACCCUAUAUAAAAACAAAUUUUAUGAGGUGGGUUUCAUUUGCAAUGUGGUAAUAAUAAAAGAACUGAUACGUCUAUGAUUUACAAAUGCUUUAUUAUUUUUAUGUAUUUAUUAUGUAUAUUUAUUUAGUAAUAAACUCAUAUGAUAUUUAUAAUAAAAUUAUUUUUCUGUUAUCUCAC